GACCCGUGAAAAAAAGUCAGGGGGCCAGGGUCUUCACUCUUCAUCCCAUUACCAUAUAUUUGUUGUAUAGUCAAGCUCGGUAGCGAGAAAGAAGAAGAAGAAAAAAGUAGGGUUUUGCAAUGGUGAAGUCGACGAGCAAGGACACCCAGGCUCUUUUCCACUCUCUCCGAUCUGCUUAUGCAGCCACUCCCACCAAUCUCAAGAUCAUCGAUCUCUAUGUGGUUUUCUCUGUCUUCACUGCUUUGAUCCAGGUAGUAUACAUGGCUAUUGUUGGAUCAUUUCCAUUCAACUCGUUUCUGUCAGGAGUACUUUCUUGCAUAGGGACUGCGGUCCUUGCUGUUUGUCUCCGCAUCCAAGUGAACAAAGAAAACAAGGAAUUCAAGGAUUUACCACCAGAGCGUGCAUUUGCAGAUUUUGUUCUCUGCAAUUUGGUGCUUCAUUUGGUUAUUAUGAAUUUCCUUGGAUAGAUUGCAAUCUAUGGGCGUUUUGUAAUGUUGUUCCUUGGACUUUUACUAGACUUGGCCAUAAAGUAGUUAUUGCCAUUACUAGACUUUGCCAUUGAUGCUGCAAUUUUUCGUAGGUUUUAACUUAUGGAGCUCACUAUAUAAAAGGACCUGCAAUUGAAUUUUCUA